AAAUCCAACCUUACCCAGCUCAUUUCUUCCUUCAAGCCAUCUAAGUGGAAUCAAUCAUUUAGUUAGCCAAGGUACCAUAGAAAUAGAAGGCACUCAUUCACUUGAUUGCAUCUGAGCCCCAUCCAUCCCCAAUUUAAUCCCAAAUUCUGUAAUAUACUUGUCCAUUUGAUAGAUCUCAUAAUCAUAUUUAUAAACAAUCCCCAAAAAAAAACUCCAAAAUCCAACAAAAAAAUAACCAAAUCCAUCCCCUACAAUGAGCAGAGAGUUCCCAUUUUCCAGUGCUCCCCUAAGGGCUGUCAAAGAAGUUCAGUUUGGAUUGUUAUCCCCUGAAGAAAUCAGAGCUAUUUCAGUGGCCAAAAUCGAGUAUCCAGAAACAAUUGACCAGUCUACCAAAAAACCAAGAGAAGGUGGGUUGAACGAUCCGCGGUUAGGUUCGAUUGAUAGAAACUUUAAGUGUCAAACUUGUGGUGAAGACAUGGCGGAAUGUCCAGGUCACUUUGGUCAUAUUGAAUUGGCCAAGCCGGUGUUCCAUAUUGGAUUCAUUGCCAAAAUCAAAAAGGUGUGUGAAUGUGUUUGCAUGCACUGUGGUAAGUUGUUGCUUGAUGAAUCCAAUGCUGCCAUGGCUCAAGCCAUCAAAAUCAGAGACCCAAAAAGAAGAUUCAACGCUGUUUGGGCUGUUUGUAAAACCAAAAUGGUUUGUGAAGCUGACCCUGAGGAUGACGGUGAAAACGCUUCGGUGAAUACAGGUAGAGGUGGUUGUGGCCACGCUCAGCCUACUGUUCGUAGAGAUGGUUUAAAGCUUUGGGGUACUUGGAAGCAAGGUAAGUCAUCUGAAAGUGAAGACCAACCCGAAAGACGUCUUUUAUCUCCAACCGAAAUCUUGAACGUAUUCCGUCAUAUUAGUUCCGCUGACUGUCUCAAAUUAGGGUUCAACGAAGAUUAUGCUAGGCCCGAUUGGAUGCUUAUUACUGUCUUGCCAGUUCCUCCUCCACCUGUUAGACCUUCUAUUGCUUUCAAUGAUACUGCGAGAGGUGAGGAUGAUUUAACUUUUAAGCUUGCUGACGUUCUUAAGGCGAAUAUCAAUGUUGAGCGUCUUGAAAUGGAUGGCUCGCCUCAACAUGUAAUUAGUGAAUUUGAAGCUUUACUUCAAUUCCAUGUGGCUACUUAUAUGGAUAACGAUAUUGCAGGUCAACCGCAAGCGUUACAAAAGACUGGUCGUCCAAUAAAAUCCAUCAGAGCUAGAUUGAAGGGUAAGGAAGGAAGACUUAGAGGUAACUUGAUGGGUAAGAGAGUGGAUUUUUCGGCUCGUACAGUUAUUUCUGGUGAUCCAAACUUGGACUUAGAUCAAGUUGGGGUUCCACUUUCUAUUGCAAGAACUUUGAGUUAUCCCGAAAUUGUUACUCCUUUUAAUAUUCACCGUUUAACUGAAUUUGUCAGAAACGGACCAAAUGAGCAUCCAGGUGCAAAAUACGUUAUCAGAGAUAGUGGUGAUCGUAUCGAUUUAAGAUAUAACAAAAGAGCUGGUGAUAUUGCUUUGCAAUAUGGUUGGAAGGUUGAGAGACAUUUAAUGGAUGAUGAUCCAGUUUUGUUUAACCGUCAACCAUCUCUUCAUAAGAUGUCUAUGAUGGCUCACAGAGUUAAGGUUAUGCCUUAUUCAACCUUCAGGUUGAACUUGUCCGUCACUUCUCCAUAUAAUGCUGAUUUCGAUGGUGAUGAAAUGAAUUUACAUGUUCCACAAUCCCCUGAAACCAGAGCUGAGUUGUCCCAAAUUUGUGCCGUUCCACUUCAAAUUGUUUCUCCACAAUCAAACAAGCCUGUCAUGGGUAUUGUACAAGAUACUUUGUGUGGUAUUCGUAAAAUGACUUUACGUGACAACUUCAUUGAAUACGAUCAAGUUAUGAAUAUGUUAUAUUGGAUUCCUGACUGGGAUGGAGUUAUCCCCCCUCCAGCCGUUGUUAAACCAAAACCUAUGUGGACCGGUAAGCAAUUACUUUCUAUGGCUAUUCCAAAGGGAAUCCACUUACAAAGAUUGGAAAGUAGUUUGUCGAGUCCUAAUGACAAUGGUAUGUUGAUUGUUGAUGGUGAAAUAAUGUUCGGAGUUGUUGACAAGAAGACUGUGGGUGCAACUGGUGGAGGUUUAAUCCACACUGUUAUGAGAGAAAAAGGUCCUCAGAUGUGUGCACAGCUUUUCAGUAAUAUUCAGAAAGUGGUUAACUUCUGGCUACUCCACAACGGUUUCUCUAUCGGAAUUGGUGAUACAAUUGCCGAUUCAGAUACUAUGAAGGCUGUUACAACGACGAUCGAAGAUGCAAAGACUAAGGUGCAAGAAAUCAUAUUGAAUGCUCAACAGAACAAGUUAGAACCAGAACCAGGUAUGACUUUAAGAGAAUCUUUCGAACAUAAUGUUUCCAGAGUUUUGAAUCAAGCCAGAGAUACCGCUGGUCGUUCCGCAGAAAUGAGUUUGAAAGAUUUAAAUAACGUCAAACAAAUGGUGACCUCCGGUUCUAAGGGUUCCUUUAUCAACAUUUCUCAAAUGUCUGCUUGUGUUGGUCAACAAAUUGUUGAAGGUAAACGUAUUCCUUUCGGUUUUGCUGAUAGAACGUUACCACAUUUCACCAAGGAUGAUUAUUCACCUGAAUCUAAAGGGUUUGUGGAAAACUCGUAUUUGAGAGGUUUAACCCCUCAAGAAUUCUUCUUCCACGCUAUGGCUGGUAGAGAAGGGUUGAUCGAUACCGCCGUGAAGACCGCCGAAACCGGUUAUAUCCAACGUCGUUUAGUCAAGGCAUUGGAAGAUAUUAUGGUGCACUAUGAUGGUACUACCAGAAACUCUUUAGGUGAUAUCAUUCAAUUCAUUUACGGUGAAGAUGGUAUGGACGGUACACAAGUUGAAAAGCAAUCUGUUGACACUAUUCCAGGUGGCGACAUUGCUUUCGAAAAGAGAUAUAAGAUCGAUCUUCUUAAGGAUGAUCUUGCUAUCGAAUCAGCCAAGGAGAUCAAAGGUGAUGUUGAGUUACAAAGACUUGUUGAUGAAGAAUUUGUUCAAUUGAAGAGUGACCGUCAAUACUUACGUGAAGUGUGUUUCCCAACAGGUGAUUCUAGUUGGCCACUUCCUGUGAACUUGCGUCGUAUUAUCCAAAAUGCUCAACAGAUUUUCCAUUCUGGAAGACAAAAGGUUUCUGACUUGAAGUUAGAUGAAAUUAUUUUGGGAGUUCGGGAACUUUGUAACAAUCUUCUUGUUGUUAGAGGUGACUCUGUUCUCGCCAAGGAAGCUCAAGAAAAUGCCACUUUAUUGUUCCAAUGUUUAGUUCGUUCUAGACUUGCCUCGCGUCGUAUUAUCGAAGAGUUCAAAUUGAACAAGGUUUCGUUUGAAUGGGUUAUGGGUGAAAUUGAAAACCAGUUUCAAAAAUCUGCAGUUCAUCCCGGUGAAAUGGUUGGUGUUAUUGCUGCACAAUCUAUUGGUGAACCUGCCACUCAGAUGACAUUGAACACUUUCCAUUAUGCCGGUGUGUCAUCGAAGAAUGUGACAUUGGGUGUUCCUCGUCUUAAGGAAAUUUUGAACGUUGCCAAGAACAUAAAGACUCCGGCUCUUACUGUUUACUUACAACAAGAUAUAGCUGAAGAUAUUGAAAAGGCCAAGGUUGUUCAGUCUGCGAUUGAACAUACUACGUUGAAGAAUGUUACUUCUGCCACCGAAAUUUUCUACGACCCUGAUCCAAGAAGUACGGUUAUUGAAGAAGAUUAUGAUACUGUGGAAGCUUACUUUGCUAUUCCCGAUGAAAAGGUUGAAGAAUCUAUUGAAAAACAAUCACCGUGGCUUCUUCGUCUUGAAUUGGAUAGAGCAAAGAUGUUGGAUAAACAAUUGACUAUGUCUCAAGUUGCUGAGAAGAUUUCUCAAAACUUUGGUGAAGAUUUGUUUGUCAUCUGGUCUGACGAUACGGCUGACAAGUUGAUCAUCAGAUGUAGAGUUGUGAGAGACCCCAAGUCUUUGGAUGAUGAAGACACCGAGGAAGAUCAAAUAUUGAAGAGAAUUGAAAGUCAUAUGUUAGAAUCGAUUUCUUUGAGAGGUAUUCCGGGUAUCAUUAGGGUGUUCAUGAUGCAACAUAAGGUCAACUAUGUGGAUGAUGCCGGAGAAUUCCAACAAGGUCAAGAAUGGGUUUUGGAGACCGAUGGUGUUAACUUGGCUGAUGUCAUGAGCAUUCCAGGUGUUGACUCUUCCCGGACUUACUCCAACAACUUUAUUGAGAUUCUUUCCGUGUUGGGAAUUGAAGCUACCAGGUCGGCCUUGUAUAAGGAAAUCUUGAACGUUAUUGCUUUUGAUGGUUCGUAUGUGAACUACCGUCAUAUGGCUUUAUUGGUGGAUGUCAUGACUUCUCGUGGUCACUUGAUGGCCAUCACUCGUCAUGGUAUAAACAGAAAUGAUACAGGGGCCUUAAUGCGUUGUUCUUUCGAGGAGACUGUCGAAAUCUUACUUGAAGCUGCUUCGGCUGCUGAAUUGGAUGACUGUAGAGGUAUUUCUGAGAACGUUAUGUUGGGUCAAAUGGCCCCAUUAGGAACCGGUGCUUUUGAUGUCAUGAUUGAUGACAAGAUGUUGAAAGGUGCUGAUGCCAAUGGAGGCCUCGAAGACUUUGAAGGUGGUGCUACUCCAUACAAGGAUUAUAGUAUGGAAGAUGAUAAGAUUCAAGGAUUUGACGAAGGUGCUGCUGGAUUUUCCCCAAUCCAUACUGCCCAAGUUAAUGAAGGUUCUGGAGGUUUGACGUCUUAUGGUGGAGUUACCUCCCCAUCUCCAACAUCACCAUUCUCGUAUGGUGCUACCAGUCCAGGCUAUGGUGGUGCAGGUCUCACGAGUCCAGGUUAUGGAGGAGGUCCAACGAGUCCAUCGUAUCCUCCAACAUCACCUUCGUACUCGCCAACGAGUCCUUCAUACUCUCCUACUUCGCCAUCUUACUCACCAACGAGUCCUUCUUACUCACCAACGAGUCCAUCGUACUCACCAACAAGUCCAUCGUACUCACCAACGAGUCCAUCGUACUCACCAACAAGUCCUUCUUAUUCGCCUACGAGUCCUUCUUAUUCUCCAACCAGUCCUUCUUAUUCGCCUACGAGUCCAUCAUACUCACCAACGAGUCCUUCUUACUCACCAACGAGUCCAUCGUACUCACCAACAAGUCCAUCGUACUCACCAACAAGUCCAUCGUACUCACCAACGAGUCCAUCGUACUCACCAACCAGUCCGUCGUACUCGCCUACGAGUCCUUCUUAUUCUCCUACUUCACCUUCCUACUCACCAACAUCCCCAUCCUAUUCUCCUACCUCACCUUCUUACUCACCAACAUCCCCAUCAUACUCACCUGGAAGCCCAACCUACUCUCCAAGUGCUGCUAAGAAGGAAGAUGAAGAAGAAUAGAGUGCGUGAUGCUUGAGUUUGCCGUUGUAUGCUUUGUAAAUUUGUUUAGUCCAGAUCCAAGUAAGGUUCAAUAAAAGAUACGUUUCGACUGUUGGUCUCUCCCGUAGCUUUUCGCAGCAGCUUUUGCAGCAGUAAGAGAUGCGAAAGAUUUUUCAACGGAAACUAAAUGUCAUCUAAGUCUAAACGGACCCAAGCACCGAAUCCUCCCGAUCUGUCAUCGUCAGAGUCGAAGACUGGAAACUCGAAUGGUAAGAAGGUGACCAAACCAACCGGGAACUCCUUGAAAGAACGAGAAAAGAGGAAAAAACAAGUAUUCAAACCGGUGCUUGAUAAUCCGUUUACUCAAAUACAAUGGCCAUUUAUCGAACCUGAAUUGGGAUCUCAUGUUGUUGAGUCACUUGAGGUGUUACUAACACCAGUUGGACAAUAUCAUAAGAAUAUAACCGCAAAAGGUGCACCAAUGCCCAAGUUUUUGGAUGGGUUUACAUUUGGAUUCAAUCCUACCACCGAAGCAUUGGAACGUCAAGCCAAUACAAAGCACCCCGAUGCAGACAAACAAAUACGAUACGUAUUUGUUUGCAGGUAUGAUAUCAUCCCCAGCAUAUUGACUCAGCACUUUCCAGUGUUGACCUAUACGGCUCUUCGAAAUUCCCAUCAUACGAUAAAACUUAUUCAGCUUCCCAAAGGGGCCAUUGAUAGACUUUCACAGGCAUCAGGGAUAAAUGACCUUUCAAUAUUGUCAGUUACAGGCAACGCUCCUGGAGUUGAAGGGUUUUUUGACUUGUAUAAUAGUGUCCCAGAGGUGCAAAUUCCCUUUUUGGAGCCGAUUUUGAAGAAAAGGGGUAAUUUCAAGUCUCCAUUGAUCAAACUCAUUUCCACAUCGGCACCUGUUGGCAGCUCCUCGAAAAAGAAGCCUCAAAAAUAAUUAAAUUUAUUAGACUCUACUUAAAGAUUUUAAUUAAUGUGUUACGACUAGCCUG